UGACGGGUAGACAGGAAGGCAGUGCCACAGCAGACCAUUGCAGUCGUAGCCCCUGCACAUGUAGUUAUGCUGACGGCGGUGGCGGUGGGCUUUGCGAUGGGAAUACCCGCUGCAGAUGCCCCUAAGAGCCCAAACGCCCAGCUAGCCGAACCCUCUCGCCCCGCGUAGCUGGGUCACGUGCCGCCGGAAGUGUCAAAAGUCGAGGACGGAAUGCUAGACAUGGGGUCAAGGAAAGGCCAGAACGGAAGAGAGAGGAGUGUUUGAGGCCGAAAAGGGAUCUCAUCUGGCCACAACAUGUCCCACCACGCAGACUACUCGAACUUCGAGUCUGCCGCGUCCCGCAAGGACGCCUUGGAGACGCUUGUGAUGUCCUACGAGGCGUUGGCGGCUUCGCAGCGUAACUGGGUGGCCAACCUGGCCAACUGCAGCUCGCUGCUCUACCACUGCUACAGCGACGCCGGCGUGAACUGGGCUGGGUUCUACGUGGUCGACAAGGACGGUGAUGCGGAGCAGCUGAUUCUCGGCCCGUUCAUGGGCAAGGUGGCGUGCCAGACGAUCCGGAUCGGCAAAGGUGUGUGUGGCACUGCUGCGGCGACGCUGCAGACACAGCUGGUGCCCGACGUGGAGGCGUUUCCGGGCCACAUUGCCUGCGACGGGGAGACCAAGAGUGAAAUCGUGUGUCCGAUCACGCAGGAGGGCCGGCUCAUCGGGGUGCUGGACAUCGACUGUCUGAACCUCAACGGGUUUGGCGACGUGGACAAGCAUUACCUCGAGCUGCUGUGCAGGAAGAUCGCCGAGACGUGCAGCUUCUAAGCGCAGAACGUUUGUUUCUAUACCGUGUAACCUAAAUAGCCCUCCCCAGCUUAAUCGCUAGCACACUUCGGCCAGAUUCACCCCGUCGUCGUCCGCGUCCGCAGCUGCAACGGCCGGAGCGGUCCGCAGGUACAGCAGACGGUACACGUCGGACACGACGAUCGCAGCCAACGACCCACACACGUUGACGAGGAUGUCGUAGUAGUCGAACGUGCGGAACGGGGAGAUGAAGUGCUGUGCGUACUCACUUCCAAUGCCCCCGGCGACCGUGCAGAUGACAAACGUGGCGUUCCGGGCCAGCCACGUGUACUUAGUGUCGAGGAUCCAGUAGAACAAAAAGCUCAUCACAAAAAACAUCCCGAAGUGGAUCCAUUUGUCGUGUGGCAGCGAGAUGUCCGCAAACCCGAGGUACAGGGCCAGCACCACGAAAAGUGCAAAG